UGAAACAAUUCACAAACAUGGCCGCCACUAUAGAUGUAGCUCAUGUGAUAACAUGGUCUAUUCUGAUCUCAUUAGUGUGUGGUGUAAGAGUAAGCAACAAGACCUACGUGGAGAUCGAUGGUGUGUCAGCCUGCUUCAGACGAUUUAACGCCACACAUCAAAUUGGAUGCAAUUCUAAAGCAUCAGGGGAUGUUGGAGUUGUUUACUAUGUGGAGACUGAAGAGGAUAUCAACUAUAUCAUCAAAACAGCUAACCAGGCCCCAUACGCCAUCCUGAUGGGUCCUAUACUGUUUACACUGACAAAUGUGCAGAGUCUAUGGAACUCGGGGAAGAUCAGCGGAAUGAUGGUCAUACACUUGGACAAAACUCCAAUACCAGACACGUUCUCUCCCGAUAACGCCUGCCCCAGUGACCAGUAUGGUCUCUACCACGGGAACUCUGACUACGGCAGCUGUACAAAGGGCCAAUGGAACCCACACGGCAACAGCAUGAUGUUCCAGGAUUAUGCCUUUCCCAUCUUUAUCUUGAAGAACGAGACGGAAGUGGACUAUCUUAUACAUGAUUGCUUUGAGAAGUUCAACAAGCCACUCGCCAAGGGACAUCCGAGGGACUAUCCUCUCUGUGCUGUAGAGUUGAAGGACAGUAUGUCUGGGUCCAAGGAUACCGUGACCUGUGUCCGGCGUAACAGCAUGCAGGUCAGUCUUAAUCCCGAGACGUACUGCGACCCCCUUGGUGAUAACAAUAUAGUGGCGCCCCUAAAAGCCAUACCCAGUACAGAGGACUACCCACCCAAGUCGGUCAUUGUGGCAGCUGCUAGGAUGGACACUUUUUCCAUGUUUGAAAACGAGUAUCCUGGAGCGGACAGUCACGUAACAGGAAUUGUGGGACUACUUGCUGCGGCGGAGGCCAUUGGUAAAGUGAAGGAGCGCAUCGUCAACAACACAAAUUCAAAGGACAUCCUAUUUGCUUUCUUCCAGGGUGAGGCCUUUGACUACAUCGGUAGCAGCCGUGUCGUGUAUGACAUGGUGAACAAGAAGUUUCCUGAGGAGCCAGUAUCAGGAGAGACACACAUCCACCCAAUCGACCUCCACCAUAUCUCUCACUUUGUGGAGGUCAACCAGCUUGGUCAGCGUGACAACGGUAAACUGUGGAUACACACUGACCCGAUCAGCUUCAGCAGCAAUAAGACUAUUUCUGACGAGGUUGAUGACAUGAUAAAGAAAAUCACAGAUAUAGGAGGAACAGUAGACUUAAACUUAGGUAGAGCAGACUCCUCCAAGCCUCUGCCUCCGUCGUCUGUUCAGCGAUUUCUCAAGAAGAGAAAAUUCCCAGCAAUCGUCAUAACGGACCACCAAGCCAGCUACACCAACAAGUACUACAACAGUAGAUUUGACCGUCCAGUGACGAUCAAGGCUAACUCCACAGAUUAUGAUACAAUCACAGAGCAGGCCAAACAGCUCACUAAGGUCGCCACCACUCUGGCAAGGUCACUCUUCCUCCUGGCAACGGGCGAAAACGAUACUGACAUCAACGCUGAUGUAACAAAAGUGAAUCACAUGCUGUACUGUUUCCUGACCAACAAAAGCUGUGACCUUUUCCAGGAAAUCAUCGACAAAGAUAACCUGAACUCAUUAUUGGAGAGUUCUACCCCGUACCCCUUCUAUGUUGGCGUGACGAACACGGAUAAUCAUGUGACUAGUCUAACAAAACGUCUACUAAGUCUCUACACGGGCGAUAAGCAGGAGAAUGUCACCGAGAGCAACUGUAACGCUCCUGCUAAAUACAAGGUGUAUGGGUACACAUGGAUGCAAGGUGCGCUAGAGCCGGGCAGUACGAACCGUGAAGGGUCGUGUAUACGGAGCACAGUUAGUCUGACCUCAGCCAAAUCUCCGGCCUUUGACAUCACAGAUUAUGACUGGCAUUCCGGCGAGUAUUCCACCUGGACAGAGAGUAGCUGGAGGCAGGACGCUAUCAGUGUGCGCGUGUUUCUCAUCCCCAGCGAACAAAUGGAGACAAUCAUCUUAGCUACAGGAGUUGUCCUUACUCUGAUCUUCCUGCUGCUGGGAUACUUCAUCCACACCAGGGCCGGAAUCAUCUUCUCCCAGACACGUUCUUCUAGGUAUUACGCUUACUGAGGACGAAACUGCAGACUUAAACAGUAAAUGUGAGCUAUCUAUAUAUUGGAUCAUCUUCUCCCAGACACGUUCUUCUAGGUAUUACGCUUACUGAAGACGAAACUGCAGACUUAAACAGUAAAUGUGAGCUAUCUAUAUAUUGGAUCAUCUUCUCCCAGACACGUUCUUCUAGGUAUUACGCUUACUGAAGACGAAACUGCAGACUUAAACAGUAAAUGUGAGCUAUCUAUAUAUUGGAUCAUCUUCUCCCAGACACGUUCUUCUAGGUAUUACGCUUACUGAAGACGAAACUGCAGACUUAAACAGUAAAUGUGAGCUAUCUAUAUAUUGGAUCAUCUUCUCCCAGACACGUUCUUCUAGGUAUUACGCUUACUGAAGACGAAACUGCAGACUUAAACAGUAAAUGUGAGCUAUCUAUAUAUUGGAUCAUCUUCUCCCAGACACGUUCUUCUAGGUAUUACGCUUACUGAAGACGAAACUGCAGACUUAAACAGUAAAUGUGAGCUAUCUAUAUAUUGGAUCAUCUUCUCCCAGACACGUUCUUCUAGGUAUUACGCUUACUGAAGACGAAACUGCAGACUUAAACAGUAAAUGUGAGCUAUCUAUAUAUUGGAUCAUCUUCUCCCAGACACGUUCUUCUAGGUAUUACGCUUACUGAAGACGAAACUGCAGACUUAAACAGUAAAUGUGAGCUAUCUAUAUAUUGGAUCAUCUUCUCCCAGACACGUUCUUCUAGGUAUUACGCUUACUGAAGACGAAACUGCAGACUUAAACAGUAAAUGUGAGCUAUCUAUAUAUUGGAUCAUCUUCUCCCAGACACGUUCUUCUAGGUAUUACGCUUACUGAAGACGAAACUGCAGACUUAAACAGUAAAUGUGAGCUAUCUAUAUAUUGGAUCAUCUUCUCCCAGACACGUUCUUCUAGGUAUUACGCUUACUGAAGACGAAACUGCAGACUUAAACAGUAAAUGUGAGCUAUCUAUAUAUUGGAUCAUCUUCUCCCAGACACGUUCUUCUAGGUAUUACGCUUACUGAAGACGAAACUGCAGACUUAAACAGUAAAUGUGAGCUAUCUAUAUAUUGGAUCAUCUUCUCCCAGACACGUUCUUCUAGGUAUUACGCUUACUGAAGACGAAACUGCAGACUUAAACAGUAAAUGUGAGCUAUCUAUAUAUUGGAUCAUCUUCUCCCAGACACGUUCUUCUAGGUAUUACGCUUACUGAAGACGAAACUGCAGACUUAAACAGUAAAUGUGAGCUAUCUAUAUAUUGGAUCAUCUUCUCCCAGACACGUUCUUCUAGGUAUUACGCUUACUGAAGACGAAACUGCAGACUUAAACAGUAAAUGUGAGCUAUCUAUAUAUUGGAUCAUCUUCUCCCAGACACGUUCUUCUAGGUAUUACGCUUACUGAAGACGAAACUGCAGACUUAAACAGUAAAUGUGAGCUAUCUAUAUAUUGGAUCAUCUUCUCCCAGACACGUUCUUCUAGGUAUUACGCUUACUGAAGACGAAACUGCAGACUUAAACAGUAAAUGUGAGCUAUCUAUAUAUUGGAUCAUCUUCUCCCAGACACGUUCUUCUAGGUAUUACGCUUACUGAAGACGAAACUGCAGACUUAAACAGUAAAUGUGAGCUAUCUAUAUAUUGGAUCAUCUUCUCCCAGACACGUUCUUCUAGGUAUUACGCUUACUGAAGACGAAACUGCAGACUUAAACAGUAAAUGUGAGCUAUCUAUAUAUUGGAUCAUCUUCUCCCAGACACGUUCUUCUAGGUAUUACGCUUACUGAAGACGAAACUGCAGACUUAAACAGUAAAUGUGAGCUAUCUAUAUAUUGGAUCAUCUUCUCCCAGACACGUUCUUCUAGGUAUUACGCUUACUGAAGACGAAACUGCAGACUUAAACAGUAAAUGUGAGCUAUCUAUAUAUUGGAUCAUCUUCUCCCAGACACGUUCUUCUAGGUAUUACGCUUACUGAAGACGAAACUGCAGACUUAAACAGUAAAUGUGAGCUAUCUAUAUAUUGGAUCAUCUUCUCCCAGACACGUUCUUCUAGGUAUUACGCUUACUGAAGACGAAACUGCAGACUUAAACAGUAAAUGUGAGCUAUCUAUAUAUUGGAUCAUCUUCUCCCAGACACGUUCUUCUAGGUAUUACGCUUACUGAAGACGAAACUGCAGACUUAAACAGUAAAUGUGAGCUAUCUAUAUAUUGGAUCAUCUUCUCCCAGACACGUUCUUCUAGGUAUUACGCUUACUGAAGACGAAACUGCAGACUUAAACAGUAAAUGUGAGCUAUCUAUAUAUUGGAUCAUCUUCUCCCAGACACGUUCUUCUAGGUAUUACGCUUACUGAAGACGAAACUGCAGACUUAAACAGUAAAUGUGAGCUAUCUAUAUAUUGGAUCAUCUUCUCCCAGACACGUUCUUCUAGGUAUUACGCUUACUGAAGACGAAACUGCAGACUUAAACAGUAAAUGUGAGCUAUCUAUAUAUUGGAUCAUCUUCUCCCAGACACGUUCUUCUAGGUAUUACGCUUACUGAAGACGAAACUGCAGACUUAAACAGUAAAUGUGAGCUAUCUAUAUAUUGGAUCAUCUUCUCCCAGACACGUUCUUCUAGGUAUUACGCUUACUGAAGACGAAACUGCAGACUUAAACAGUAAAUGUGAGCUAUCUAUAUAUUGGAUCAUCUUCUCCCAGACACGUUCUUCUAGGUAUUACGCUUACUGAAGACGAAACUGCAGACUUAAACAGUAAAUGUGAGCUAUCUAUAUAUUGGAUCAUCUUCUCCCAGACACGUUCUUCUAGGUAUUACGCUUACUGAAGACGAAACUGCAGACUUAAACAGUAAAUGUGAGCUAUCUAUAUAUUGGAUCAUCUUCUCCCAGACACGUUCUUCUAGGUAUUACGCUUACUGAAGACGAAACUGCAGACUUAAACAGUAAAUGUGAGCUAUCUAUAUAUUGGAUCAUCUUCUCCCAGACACGUUCUUCUAGGUAUUACGCUUACUGAAGACGAAACUGCAGACUUAAACAGUAAAUGUGAGCUAUCUAUAUAUUGGAUCAUCUUCUCCCAGACACGUUCUUCUAGGUAUUACGCUUACUGAAGACGAAACUGCAGACUUAAACAGUAAAUGUGAGCUAUCUAUAUAUUGGAUCAUCUUCUCCCAGACACGUUCUUCUAGGUAUUACGCUUACUGAAGACGAAACUGCAGACUUAAACAGUAAAUGUGAGCUAUCUAUAUAUUGGAUCAUCUUCUCCCAGACACGUUCUUCUAGGUAUUACGCUUACUGAAGACGAAACUGCAGACUUAAACAGUAAAUGUGAGCUAUCUAUAUAUUGGAUCAUCUUCUCCCAGACACGUUCUUCUAGGUAUUACGCUUACUGAAGACGAAACUGCAGACUUAAACAGUAAAUGUGAGCUAUCUAUAUAUUGGAUCAUCUUCUCCCAGACACGUUCUUCUAGGUAUUACGCUUACUGAAGACGAAACUGCAGACUUAAACAGUAAAUGUGAGCUAUCUAUAUAUUGGAUCAUCUUCUCCCAGACACGUUCUUCUAGGUAUUACGCUUACUGAAGACGAAACUGCAGACUUAAACAGUAAAUGUGAGCUAUCUAUAUAUUGGAUCAUCUUCUCCCAGACACGUUCUUCUAGGUAUUACGCUUACUGAAGACGAAACUGCAGACUUAAACAGUAAAUGUGAGCUAUCUAUAUAUUGGAUCAUCUUCUCCCAGACACGUUCUUCUAGGUAUUACGCUUACUGAAGACGAAACUGCAGACUUAAACAGUAAAUGUGAGCUAUCUAUAUAUUGGAUCAUCUUCUCCCAGACACGUUCUUCUAGGUAUUACGCUUACUGAAGACGAAACUGCAGACUUAAACAGUAAAUGUGAGCUAUCUAUAUAUUGGAUCAUCUUCUCCCAGACACGUUCUUCUAGGUAUUACGCUUACUGAAGACGAAACUGCAGACUUAAACAGUAAAUGUGAGCUAUCUAUAUAUUGGAUCAUCUUCUCCCAGACACGUUCUUCUAGGUAUUACGCUUACUGAAGACGAAACUGCAGACUUAAACAGUAAAUGUGAGCUAUCUAUAUAUUGGAUCAUCUUCUCCCAGACACGUUCUUCUAGGUAUUACGCUUACUGAAGACGAAACUGCAGACUUAAACAGUAAAUGUGAGCUAUCUAUAUAUUGGAUCAUCUUCUCCCAGACACGUUCUUCUAGGUAUUACGCUUACUGAAGACGAAACUGCAGACUUAAACAGUAAAUGUGAGCUAUCUAUAUAUUGGAUCAUCUUCUCCCAGACACGUUCUUCUAGGUAUUACGCUUACUGAAGACGAAACUGCAGACUUAAACAGUAAAUGUGAGCUAUCUAUAUAUUGGAUCAUCUUCUCCCAGACACGUUCUUCUAGGUAUUACGCUUACUGAAGACGAAACUGCAGACUUAAACAGUAAAUGUGAGCUAUCUAUAUAUUGGAUCAUCUUCUCCCAGACACGUUCUUCUAGGUAUUACGCUUACUGAAGACGAAACUGCAGACUUAAACAGUAAAUGUGAGCUAUCUAUAUAUUGGAUCAUCUUCUCCCAGACACGUUCUUCUAGGUAUUACGCUUACUGAAGACGAAACUGCAGACUUAAACAGUAAAUGUGAGCUAUCUAUAUAUUGGAUCAUCUUCUCCCAGACACGUUCUUCUAGGUAUUACGCUUACUGAAGACGAAACUGCAGACUUAAACAGUAAAUGUGAGCUAUCUAUAUAUUGGAUCAUCUUCUCCCAGACACGUUCUUCUAGGUAUUACGCUUACUGAAGACGAAACUGCAGACUUAAACAGUAAAUGUGAGCUAUCUAUAUAUUGGAUCAUCUUCUCCCAGACACGUUCUUCUAGGUAUUACGCUUACUGAAGACGAAACUGCAGACUUAAACAGUAAAUGUG